AGCAGCAGCCGCCGCCGCCGCCGCAACAGAAUAACAAAAAAAUAGCAAAUCAAAAUGGCGCACCAGCAACAACAACUGGCACAAUCGGUGAAUUGUUCAUUGGAUGAUAUCGAUUUGACGGCACUAAAGGAUCCGGCUGGCAUCUUUGAGCUCAUCGAGGUCGUUGGCAAUGGCACCUACGGCCAGGUCUAUAAGGGCCGUCAUACAAAAACUGGUCAGUUGGCUGCCAUAAAGGUGAUGGAUGUCACCGAAGAUGAGGAGGAGGAGAUCAAGCUAGAGAUCAAUGUGCUUAAGAAAUACUCAAAUCAUCGCAACAUUGCCACCUACUAUGGUGCAUUCAUUAAGAAAUCGCCGCCCGGCAAAGAUGAUCAGCUCUGGCUGGUCAUGGAGUAUUGCGGCGCUGGCUCCGUCACCGAUCUGGUCAAGUCCACAAAGGGUCAGAGCCUGAAAGAGGAAUGGAUCGCGUACAUCUGCCGUGAAAUCUUGCGCGGCCUCAGCUAUUUGCAUUCGAACAAAGUCAUCCAUCGCGACAUCAAGGGCCAAAACGUGUUGCUCACCGAUAAUGCUGAGGUCAAACUGGUUGACUUUGGUGUCUCCGCGCAGCUGGAUCGCACGAUAGGCAGACGCAAUACAUUUAUUGGUACGCCCUACUGGAUGGCACCGGAGGUCAUUGCCUGUGAUGAGAAUCCAGAGGCCACAUACGACAAUCGCUCAGAUUUGUGGUCGCUGGGCAUCACAGCUUUGGAAAUGGCUGAGUCACAGCCGCCACUCUGCGAUUUGCAUCCGAUGCGUGCACUAUUCUUGAUACCGCGCAACUCGCCGCCGCGUCUCAAAUCCAAGAAAUGGUCCAAGAAGUUUCAGGGCUUCAUUGACACGGUGCUAGUUAAGGACUAUCACCAGCGGCCUUACACCGAGAAUCUGCUGAAGCAUGCCUUCAUCAAGGAUCAGCCAACGGAUCGACAGGUGCGCAUACAGCUCAAGGAUCACAUCGAUCGCUGCAAGAAGCGCAAGCAGGAGAAGGAGCGUGAAGAUUAUCGCUACUCGGGCUCGGACAACGAUGACGACGAGCCGCAGCUGGCCGGUGAGCCCAGCUCCAUUAUCCAGGCGCCGGGUGGCGAUACCCUGCGUCGCAACUUCCAGCAAAUCCAAGAGGGACGCAUGGCCGCCGAACAGCAACAGCAGCAGCAGCAUCAUCAGCUGCUCGCCCAGGCCCAGGCCGCUGCCCAUGCCGCCGCCCAGGCCCAACUGCAUCAGCAGCAACAGCAAGCUGCCGCCGCCGCAGCAGCAGCUGCGCACGCAGCCCAGCAGGCGCAGGUGGCACAGCAACAGCAGCAGCAGCAGGCGCAGGCCCAACAGCCGCAGGCCAAUCGCCAGCAGAAGCCAACAUCGCGCCAACAGAUUGAGGAUCCUGGUCCGCCGGCACGCCCACAAUUGCCACAGCGGUUGAUUGUGGUGCCAGAUCCACCGCAUGCCAAUCGCCCAUUGCCACCGACGCCCAAGUGUGGUGAGCCAGCGGCACAAACGCCGCCCCAACAGCUGCAGCGCAGCUCUCAGAACAAUUUCAAGCCAUCGUUACCACCAAGGAGACCUGAGGAUCAUUUGGAUGUGUUAGCAGCGCAAUUAAAUGAAUUGGGCGUGGUCUCCUCCCAACAGCCGCAGCCACAGACAGCAGCAGCAGGAGGCGGUGGUGGACAGCAGCUGGCACAGCCGGAGGCGCCGCCACGCAACAAUCGACAAUCGGGCGCCGGCAAUGGAGCCAUCUGUGUGUCGGCCUCCUCAUCGUCAUCGUCGUCAUCGAAGCCGGCAGCCGCAUUGCCAUCGCAGUCGAACAAUCAUUUGGGACAGCCGGUCAAUCCGUUGGAUCCGCUCGACAGCAGCGACUCGGACAGCGAACCGGACGAGCCCAACGAUCGGGCACGCAACGAUGGCACUCUACUGGCCAGCGAUCCGCCCAAACCGCUACCCGAAUUUUCAUAUAGGCCCGGCCUGGGACCCGUUUCCGAGGAUACGACAACAGCAACAACAACAACGACCACACCGCUGAGCCAUGGCAGCGGCGGUCCACCAAAUCGACCCUUGCCACCGACCCCAGAUGACGACGAUCAAGCCGGCGAUCGAACGCUGAUCAUGAAGCGCAAACUAGAACAAAACGUAAAUCGCUUACAAAAAUCCGCUUCCACUUCGCAUGCGCCGAGGCGAGCCGAAGACGUAAAGCUUCUGCGCGAGUGGGACUUCGAUCGCUUCUUUCCCAAAAAACCGAAUGCUGCUAGCGGCGCUGCCAGCAGCAGCAGCGGCAGCAGCAGCACCACGGCCAGCCUCAGUCGCAGCUCGAAUUUGAGCACGCUUAAGGUGGAGGCAAAACUGCAGCGCGCCAGCGUCGCCGAGGCCAUAGCCCGACCCGUGCCGAAAGGCUAUCAGCCGUUAAAGGGCGCCAGCUCCUCAGCUGGCGUUAACAUUGCCAAAGAGCUUAACAGCAGCAACAACAACUUAACACAGCAGCAGCAGCAGCCUCAGCCUCAGUCAUCGGCACAGCAGCUGCAGCAGCAGCAGCCACAGCACAAACGUCAGGAAUCCGACUCGAAGCUGCCGAGCUUUGUGCGCGGCUUUCGACGCGAGAACUCAGACUUUUUCCCGUUAGCUAAGCGACAUUCGGCAGUGUUCAGCGGCAGCGCUGCCAGCAUCAAGAGCGGCACCAAUGCACAGCUGCCGUCGCAGCCGGUGCGCGCCAGUGCCAUGUACCAAAGGAACAGCAUUUACAACAGCAGCAGCAGCGGCAGCRGCAGCAAGGAGAACAGCGCUGCCGUUGCAACGGAUAAGACCAAAGCGACAGCCACAAAGCCAGCAGCAGCCGCUGCCGCUGCAGCAGCAGACGGGAAUCGCAGCGCGCAGCAGCAUACCAGUUCGAGCGGCGCCCUGAGCAACUCCACACAAAACACGACAACCACUUCGUUGCACUCCUCGGCUGGCACCACCGCGGCCAAUUCGCUGCUGCGCCGGCCCGCGGUCAUUGAUCAGCAGCCGCAAAGCUCGAACAACAACUCCGACUCGGUCUACGUGAAUACGGACUACAACAAUCGCGAAACGUUGCUCUGCGAUGCCCACUUCGAUCAGCAACAGUUGCUCUCGGCGGCACAGCAACAGCCGCCACCGUCGCCCGCAACGGCGCUCUAUUUGAAUCAGAGCGCAUUGAUCCAGGCGCAGGCUCAAGCGCAAGAGCAACAACAACAGCAGCAGCAGCAGCAGCAGCAACAGGCACAGGCACAGGCUGCAGCACGUCUCGCCAUCAACUCGAAUGGCGUGGUACGUAAGCUGCCCGAGCAUCUGGUCUUAAAUCAACAAACACUGGCUGAGGCCAUAUCCCAGCAGCAUGGCAGCAGCGUGCAGGCAUCGCCGGCGCUGAGCACCGCCUCGGGCCCCUAUAUACCCAUUAGUGAGUGUUUUACGGGAAGUCCGAAAUUUUUAAUGGAUAGCCAGGCCAAUGCGGCGGCUGCUCUCAACAAUUUGGAUCCCAAGUUCUAUGAUACGCCGCGCAGUCACAACAACAUUGGCCUCAACUUAACCAACGAUCAAUCCUAUUCACCCAAAAUUACGAACUGCAGUCUGCAACAGCUGGCAAAUUCUAGUGGGAAGCAGCGCAGUCAACGCUCUGACUCGGACUCCGAGAGCGUUUUUACAGACGACGACGAAUGGGCGCAUCCGUUGCCGUUACGUGAGAAUGUUGAUCGCAGCACACGUCCUUCGGAUAGCUCCAUUGAGAACGAAUCCUUUGUGCUAACCUUCGCGCAGCGCUUCUCUAAAAUGCCAGAAGAUGGAGCUGCCUUGACGCCGACAGCCGCUGCCCGGCAUGCCAAGCAACUGGCUGCCAUACCGGCCACAGCAGCCGAUGGCGCUGGCGAGCAUCAUACGCUGGAGCGACUGGCCAAGGUGCUGAAGAACAAAAAUAACCUUAUACUGGACUUUAAGGACAACGAAAAAUUACAACGCGAUUUGCCGCAGCUGUCGGACACGGAGAACACAUCGCCCGCGAUUGUGGCCGCCAAUGCCAGACACGCGAAUUCCUCGUUGAUCGAAGAGAGCUAUGACAUUCCACGCUCCCAUCAGUUGCCCUAUUGCAAUGUGGGUCAACUGUUGGGCGACCGGCCGGUGACCAGUCCGCACAAUAGCAAUCCCAUAGCUGCUUCCACGCCCAAUCUGAUGGCCGAUAUGGGAAACCAGGGGCUGCCAUCGGCGGCUACGACGACAACGGCAACGGCAACAACAACGGCGGUUAAUUCGCCAACCAGUGCACGAACGCUGCCGCGCCAGCAUUGUUAUACGAACGCCGCGCCCACUCGCAUGGAGGGCAAUGUGUUUCGCUAUGAUUUCAUUGAACAAGCCGAUUGCCCGCCUGUUAAUCGCAAGCUUAAGCCCAAGGUAUCCAAUGCGCCGCUGGAGGCAACGCACAAGAGUAGCGUGGAGGAUAAGCCGCCCGAGGAGUUCCCAGCCAAGCCGCCAGUGGGCGCCAUGGAGCAGCUGAGCAGCAAGUUGGGCGCCACCAAGCUGCAGUCCAGCGCGCCACCCAGUGUGGAUCGUAAAUGCAAACCCAACGCUUUCAAGUUGGGCUCCUCGGCUACGAUGUCGCCGUCGACGCGUCGCUCGUCGGGCGCACCGCUCUCGAUGGUGCUGCCGCAUGAAACGGAUGUUCAUUCGCCGGCAGCUAUUGGCUAUUUCCAUGAGACGCGUACUCUGCCACGCCAGCAGCAUCGGCAGCAUCCCAACAGUCCCGGCAGCCAAUCGGUGCAGCAUCAACGCACAGCCUCUGCGGCAGCAGCAAUGACCUCGACAUCAGCCGCAGCAGCAGCAGCCGCUCAAGCGGCAGCGAACUUCAAGCAAAUCCAGCAACAACAACAGCCGCAGCAGCAGCAUCAGGAGCACAAGCUACAGUACUUUGAUCUGGAUGUCACCAAUAAGCCGCAAUUGCUCAAUCGUCAGAGCAUGAGCGUCGGCAAUUUGUACUCCCAAGGCAAAGUUGCUCUGAGUCAACCGGCGCGCCUAGGCGCUAGUGAUGCGGCUGCUGUGCGGGCGCCGGUGCAAAGCGGCGUUGUUUACAACUUUGUGGACUUUGUCAAGACGGAGGCGUUCAAGCGCAUACGCGAGGAGCGCAACAAGGAAAGCAGUGACAACAAUAACAAAUGAGCUGCGCGCACGUUUCCAAAUCCAUGACUCACUCAUUUUUUUUUGUAUAAUGUGCAAUGGCGUCAUGCGAAACUCUGAUGUAGUGCCUGCAAAUGCUGUCU